AUGACUUCCAUCUUACAUAUCUCUACUCUUCUCCUGGUGCUGCUUAAUCAAAUUUUGGCUACCGAAGUUUAUCAUUGUAAUUCUACGAUUUCGUGUCCUGAAAAGUAUCCAUGUUGUUCUCGAGCGGGUGUAUGUGGUACAGGCACAUACUGUUUGGGCAACUGUGAUCCAAGAUAUUCCUAUUCUUUGAACUCAUGCAUGCCAGAACCUAUCUGCAAAGAUGUUAAUACCGUUUUCAGCAAUUAUAGGUCUAAGAUUGUUAAUGCAGACACAUAUCUGGGUAACACGAGUGAGGCAGAUUGGACUUACUCAGGUUAUAUUAUGGAUUAUGAAGAAGAAGAUGCUUUAAUCUUAGCUAUGCCAAAAUACUCCGGUGGUACUUUAUUAGCUUCUACACGUGAUAUCUGGUAUGGGAAGGUUAGUGCUAAAUUAAAAACAUCACAUUUAGCAGGUGUAGUCACUGCAUUUAUUCUGUAUUCCAAUGUUCAAGAUGAAAUUGAUUUUGAAUGGGUUGGUUCGGAGUUAAACACAACACAGACGAACUUCUAUUGGAAUGGUGUUUUAAAUUAUACUAACAGUUUUAAUAUUUCUACCACUAAUACAUUCGAUGACUAUCAUACCUAUGAAAUUGAUUGGCACGAAGACUACAUAAAAUGGUCAGUGGAUGGUGUUGUUGGUAGAAUUUUAUAUAAGAAUGAGACAUAUAAUAGUACUACUGGUAUUUAUCAAUUCCCACAGACUCCAGCUAAGAUUGAUAUCUCAAUUUGGCCAGGUGGUAACUCGACUAAUCCUAAAGGUACCAUUGCAUGGGCUGGGGGUGAAAUUGAUUGGAAUGCACCUGAUCUUACAGACCCGGGCUAUUAUUAUGCUAUUUUGAAAGAAGUUAAUAUUACAUGUGGUAAAGUUCCCAGUGGAAUUACACAAAAUGGUACGACUGCAUAUGUAUAUACCAACCACCAUAGAUAUUUACAGGAAGAUGUUGCUAUUGUGAAUAAAAGAACAUAUUUGGGGUCAUUGGAAGCUAGUGGUGAUGAUCCAAAUGCAGGAGUUUACAGUAGUUCUUCUUCUUCUACUUCUUCAUCUUUUAGUAGAAAGUCGAAGAGUGAAAAUAAAAAAAGUAGAAGUACCGACAAUUCUGGUCCAACCACGAAAGAAUCUACAACAUAUACAUCUACCACGAGUAAAGUCGCUACGAGUAUUCAAGUGACAUAUGUGACAGAGGCACUCUUAAUUAAUGAGACAUUUAGUAGUACAGUAAAUAAAAAGACACUAUCUGGUAACUACGGUAGCAUUAAUAAAGAACCUUAUUUCACAAUUAUAAUAACAUUCCUUUUAAAUAUAUUGCUGGUGUAA